GCUCGACCCAUGGCGGUCGGAGCACACAACUGGUUGUGGCUUUCGUGAGGCAGGUAUGUCGCGCGCUCCUUCGUGCGUGCAUUCUUGUUCCUUCGCGUCAUCUGAUUUUGGUUCUACGUUUCCGUGGCUCGUUUCACGGGCCGUCUAAUCAUCCGAACAAACACCGUCCACGCUUCUCGCGAACGUAUCCGGCCCGCGAUUACCGGGGGAGUGCCUGUUACGGGUAUAGAACGUGAUUUUCAUGCCACGAACUGUCAAAAGCAUCGCUCCGUACGAAGCGAACGCUGGCCGAUUACUAUCAGGAUCGUGGCUUGUUUUCGACCGCUCGCGAACGUUGCGCCGGAAUAACCUGCUGUCACGUGGGCCCACGCCCGUGAAUUAUCGCUCGUGAAUUUAUGUUCGGCCCUCGUGGAUCAUGAUACCGGACGCGAGACUGUAACGCCGUGCCGUGCCGGACCGUAACGUAACGCGUGUUUACGGGUGCCUAGUACAUACAAUCGGUUAAGCACGUGGUGGUCAUGAUGCUCCUAAAAUUGGCAGUGUUGCUGUCCAUGCUCCUGCGGCCAGGUGCAAGUUACUUCAACCUCUUCCUCAGCCAGGCAGAAGUGCGGAAACUAAUGGGCCUGAAAGCGGAAUUGUUUUACGUGCGAGAGGGCGUCAUCAACGAGUACGCAAUUAAAUUUGUCGUCCCAGUGCCGGCGCAAGUUCACAAGCUUCAUUUCACUUGGGAGAAUCUCGCCGGCAGGCCGCUGCCAUACUCGAUGUCAAUAGACAUCAGCAAUCCGUCAGCCUUGAGCAGUUCCCUGAACAUAUCGCAGGCUGGCGAGAUCCCGGUGGGUGGUCUUCAAACGUGGGCAUUGGCGUUACAUUGCGGCCCGUACGACGCGGAAAUCGAUCUCAGUCUUCGUAUAAAUGUCUCCCUAUCGAGACGGAACACGACCAGCCUGGACUUCAGACGGAAGAAAAUCUGUUUGAAGGAUAAGAGCAAUAUAGGUGCCGAGGAAGUGCUGGUCGCCGCUUCUGGAACCACUUCCGGCGGACAAGUGUUUUACGCUGCCGUUGGCUGCGUCUGUGCCUUCAUUGCCGCCAUCUUUGUUCUGGUUAUUGCAUACUAUGUGCGGGAUAAAAAGACCAGAAGGCAUCGUGACCCUCUUCAAGAAUCGAGGGGUCUAAGUUCCGCGUGCAGCGUAGAACGCAGCACUGGCGUUGGACCAGCGCAAACAUUUUUGUCUUCUGAGACACCUCCUCCGGCGUCUGCCACAUCGACGUCUACUUACAGACGAUUAGACGAUCGACCCAGUCGAGAACUACACGAGAGAAUCCAGGAAAUUACAGUUCAGAGAUGCAGGGUACGCCUUCUCAGCAUUGAAAUGGAAGGCACAUUCGGUCGCGUGUACAGAGGCAGUUAUCACGAGGAGGGCGCGUCUACCCCGAGGGAUGUCCUAGUGAAAACUGCUGCUGAACAUGCAUCACAGUCGCAAGUCGCCCUCCUCUUGCGCGAGGGAUUAGCGCUGUACGGUUUAAGCCACCCGGUGUUGCUGCCCGUUUUGGGCGUCUCGAUCGAGGACAGAAGCGCGCCUUUCCUUUUGUAUCCGCACACCGGCUACAAGAACAUGAAGAGGUUCUUGCUGAGGUGCAAGUUGAGCAGCGAGGGGCCACCGAGGGCUCUCACCACGCAAGAAGUCGUGGAAAUGGCCCUCCAAGCGGCCAAAGGAGUUCAGUAUCUUCACAGAAAGAGGCUGGUGCACAGGGACCUGGCUGCUAGAAAUUGCGUCGUCGACGACGAUCUCAGGGUUCAAAUCACGGACAAUGCUCUGGCCAGGGAUCUGUUCCCCCAGGAUUAUCAUUGUCUCGGCGACAACGAGAACCGGCCAAUCAAGUGGCUCGCCAUCGAGAGUCUGCUGAACAAGACGUUCAGCACCGCCUCCGACGUGUGGGCAUUCGGGGUAUUAUUAUGGGAACUGACAACGCUGGCACAACAACCGUACGUGGAGGUAGAUGCAUUCGAAAUGGCCUCGUAUCUCAGGGACGGCUACCGAUUAGCACAGCCAAUCAACUGUCCGGACGAACUGUUCGCUGUCAUGGCAUAUUGCUGGGCGAUGUCCGCGGACGAGAGGCCGACGUUUAGCCAAUUGAUUGUCUGCCUACAAGAUUUCCACACCCAGUUGACCAGAUAUGUCUAAUAGAUUAUCUCGAAACGCGGAAACUUCUGCCGAGAGAUCCGCUUUCACUUCCGCUGUAGCGCGACCAGAAAUAUAUUGAGAACACCUGUACAUAAUUUUAGUACUUAAAAGGAAAGUUUAUGGGAGCGAUGAAGUAAGUAGCGAGGAGUAAGUAUCUUCGAGUGUAGAAACGUCGCUUUCCUUGGCACAAGUCGUUCUUUACGCCAGCGCUGUCCGAAAUCUGUUGCUCAGAUGUUUUACCGAACGAACCAUGAUGCUACUGACUGCCACCUCAUAGGAUAUAUAAUCUCUAUAAUCUCUUCUUUAAAACACAAUAUAGUUAGUUGAUUUUCAAUCGUCGUAAGUUGACUGUAAAAUAAAUGCCGGCUAAGUUAAAAUUUUAAUAAACUCACGUUUUAUUUUUCGAUUGAGAAAUCGAAAUAAUAAUUAAUAUUAUAUAAUAUAAUAGAAAUUAGAGUAAAAUUAUAUAAUAGAAUAUCAUUUUACUCUAAUUUCUACUAUGUCAAAUUUGUUUACACGGAUCUACGUGUGUGUUACAUUAUUUUCAACACAUUACGAUCAUUAAAAGAACAUUUUCAUCUAACUUAUGUUUCUUAGAAUUAAUUUAAACAAGCUUUAUUUUUCGCUGUAACAUGCACGCACUCUAAACAUGGUGUAAUUACGUUUAGAUUAACAUUCUUAGCAUGAUUACAUAAGUACAUAUUUAUUAUAACAGAGAACCUGACAUCAAAUGAAGGGGAAAAAAUGCUACGUAAACGGCGGGUCCAAUCAAGGACAGUGCUGGUGUGAAGAUGCUAUAAUUUGGCCGACCAAACGCGGGACAUUGCUAUGAAUCUUGAUAGUUACGGACAGAGUUGUAUCAAAUAAAAAAUAUCUAUUAAUGCAUACAAGCCCGAUUUCGUUGGUGUUCAUCGUAAUUUGUGUUAAUGCAACCAAUGCCACAACGCGAGUUAGCCAAAUUAUAACAUCCACAAGAGGAAAACAUAACAUAAGGAAAGUAAUGCGAGUAAUAUAGGCAGAAUAGUGGAGUCAGGGGAAAUGAAGGAGCCUUGCUUAACGAAUCAGGAAAUGUUGCAAUAAAUAUUUUCCUUUCGAACAUUUUUCGGGACGGGACACUGUCGCGUGCAACCUAGUUUCAGGAUACGCCGACACAUUUUGUUUUCAGUGUAGUAUAAUAGAUAUCGAGAAUGUGUAAGCGGGUCUAGAACACCGGUGGCACAAGCGUUCCGUCUGAAAAAAUACCCCGAAAUUUGCAAUAAGAACUUGUUUAUAUAGCGUCGAGUAGAUUCGAAUGUAUAAUCGCGUGUAAUUUUUCUAUUAGCUGACAACAAAGAGUAACUGUAGAAACUGACAUGUAUAUCUUUGUUUCCUCCUUAAAUACGUUAAGACUGAAUCGGACGUUCAUCGCGCGAUGCAUGUUCGAUCGAAUGCAUAUCGCAUUUCUGCGAACGCCGAAUAUUCUGAUCUCGCUAUGCAUUCUUGCGUUCACCGUUGUCAUCGCUGCAAAGAAUCGCUUGUUUUUAAAAUAAGUCACGUGCAAAGUGUCUCCGCAAAUGUUCUCUGGCGGGUGCUUUGCUAGUUCUGUUGCCUGAAUCGAGCGUUUAUUUCUAUUUAAACUAUGGACAACGAAUACGAAAUUCUCGAAAAGGAUCAUCUUUUUAAAUGAUAUUUUUAGUUGUCGAACUAAGUCUUCGUGUGGGAUUAGUUCUGGGAUUAACAGAAACCAGUUGCGUGCGUUUAAGCCGAAUACACGUGGCAUCGGUUGCUAUAAUCUUUAAUCGGUUGUGUAGCUUCUUUAUUUAUUCGAUUUCACGGUCGCGUGAAUAUUAUGUAAAACUUUACUUAUAUAUAUAUAAAACGACGACGAACUCUUCGUUACACAGAAGUUCAUAUGUAAUAGCUGUCGAUCGAUUUGCGAGGACAAUUUGUCGAGAAAGAACCGAGCCAAAGUUUUCCACGAGGAAUAUUCACAUGAUUGAUAUUUCAAAUCGACUGUCGUUCAAUGGUAUCUCGACUGUCUGUGGUGUAACGCAAUCGGCUGUAUCGAAGUUUCACAGAAAUUCGGUUCCCAAUGCUAACACGCGUAUCUUGUAUCUUAUCUACCCUUAUCUAAGCGUUAUGCCCCCAAGGAACUUCGAUUGUACAGAGUUUCACGAUGUCGUCGCAUUCAUCGCCGAGAAGAGUAGUCAGACAGAAUAUUGCCAAAUUGUAUCCAUUGUAUCGCGAACUGCCAAUUUCGUACUCAGGAAGCUCUGUAAUCGGGCUGAAACGAGUCCGACGAUUUCGAACGAUGUGAUAUACUUGCCACAUCGGCAUUUCGAGUGUGCCAAUACCCCCUUUUUGUAUUUUUGUACAUAUUUAACCGUAGAUUUACAGCGCUGCUCGCAAUCGCUCGAAAAGUGAAACGUUGCACAGGCGAAAUCGAAUUAUCUCGCUUGGCAAGUUUGUAAAAAGUACGAUAUAAUUUUCUAAAAAAUUAUUUAUGAGCCUUUAUUUAAUAUAAAUAACAAUUGCCAAUUCUAUUAUUCAUGUUUCCUCUUUUGUCGAAAGCACAGUGUGUAUAUAACUUAAGUAAUGCAAUUUUUCUGUGAUAUUUUUUGAAGAUGAUGUAUAAAAACGUAAUCGAAGCCAUCUAUCUUGUAUGCAUCAUUCUACGGAUUAUAGAAAAUGAGAACUAUACAGGAUGUCCCAAAAAUAUUGUAAACGUUAUUAAACAUUACCUUGUCCUUCGUCGAUAACUCGUUAACAAAGCUACGGAGAAAAUGUUCGCUAAGCUAAAAAUUACUUGAAAUCAUCUCAGGAAUCACCUCUUUCAUGGGCCUUAUAUUUUUGGGACACCGUGUGUAAAGCACUCAUAUUUGCAAUCGUGUCUCCGUAUUCUAUCUUUCAAGUUAAUGCGAUUUCAUUUGGUUUCUGUUUCGAACGAUUAUUUGCAGAGCUGUAGACAUAAGCGUUAGUUGUAAAAAAAUAGGUGCUGCGGUACGCCAAGUCAGAAAGAUUCCUGUACAUAACGAGAAAAACGUCGACGCGAGAAUCGAUAUAAUGUACAAACCGCGGGCGUUACACGGGCACAAUAAACCGAUUGAUACACGA